AUGUAUCUCACCGUCGGGACGUUUCUGUCGCUUUCUUUGUUGGCCGACGCCGCAGCCCCCAAAUACUGCCCGCCUCUUGGGCCUGUCUUUCCCCCUCCAAGUAACCUUUGCCAAAACGAUGGGUGGGCCAAAGUUGCGAAGGGAAUUUCUGCGACAAUUGAGGAGACACUCAAGCAAGUCCAACACGAUAGCUCUAUUGUGAACGUCAACUCGACCUCUUUCUCUUUCGAGAUUUUCUCGGCAAGAGACCCCAGCCCGCUGCUUUCGUACGCGUACACGGCCCCGACGAUCAAGAACGCGACUACUGGUGUUCGACAUGUCGACAAAGACACCGUGUUCCGCAUCGGGAGUGGUUCAAAGCUGUGGACCAUCUUGCUCCUGCUGAAGGAGAUGGGCGAUAGUGUCUUCUCCGACCCCGUUGGAGCGUACGUGCCGGAACUGCUAGAGGCCGCUGAGAAGUUUCGUCACAACAAGACUGCAGCAAACGAUCAGGCAAAUUUGAUGAGAUGGGAUGAGGUGACUGUGGGAGAGCUGGCGAGCCAUAUGGCUGGGGUCACACGGGAUUAUGGAUUCAUGGACGCGGCAUUUCAGCCCGAACUGAUGCAAGCUGCGGGCUUCCCGAAGCUGCGAGACCAGGAUGUUCCCCCCUGUGGAGAAACGAAGGCUUGCAACAGGAAGGACUUCUUUGAAGGUCUACUCAAGAGCCAUCCCGUCGUUCCGACCGGCGGAACUCCCGUGUACUCCAACGCCGCUUUCCAAAUCCUCGGCUACGUCGUGCAAAAUGCGACAGGACGCAGUUACAACGACCUCGUUCGUGCUGAGUUAAUUGACCGACUCGGUCUGAAUGGUUCAUACUCUAGCCCACCCGAUCCGAAGCUGGGCAUCAUCCCGGGAGAUGUCCGCAGCAGCAUGUGGGGAUUGGAUAUUGCUGAUGAGACUCCCGCUGGAGGCCUCUUCUCGUCUACGCGAGACAUGGCCAACGUGGGCCGAGCUAUCUUGAACAGCACUCUUCUACCCCGAGAAAUGACCCGACGCUGGCUCAAACCCGUUUCCCACACCUCGUCGCUCAAUAUGGCCGUCGGAGCCCCCUGGGAGAUAGCCUCGUACGAAGAGGACCGGGUAGUGGAUAUCUACACUAAAUCCGGCGACGUCGGCUCGUACUCGUCGAUGCUCGUGCUGUCUCCAGACCAUGACGUCGGCUUUGUCGUCCUUGCCGCGGGUGACAGCGCUCCACAGGCUACCCGGAUACUCACAGACCUCGUCAACAAAGCCCUAAUCCCUGGACUCGACAAGGCCGCCAAAAAGGAAGCGCAGCGGUUCACCGGGGACUAUGCCCUCGAAGACGGCAAGUCUCAUAUGCGCGUGACCACGGACGACGGGCCGGGCCUCAAAGUCACGAAGUGGAUCAGCAACUCGAAAGAUGUGUUUUCCACAGUAAUAAUGCCGGCAUUGGGCGUAAAGAAACCAUCGCAAAUCGAAGUGCGUCUCUAUCCGACCGGCUUGAAGAGCCCUCGACAAAUUUCCUUCCGGGCGGUUCCUCGCAGUCUGAAAGAGAUGCCAGGAUUUGGUCCCUUCUCCAACAGCUGUACUAGCUGGUUGAGUAUGGACGCACAGCGGUAUGGCAAUGUGGGGAUGGAUGACAUUGUGUUUGAAUUGAAUGAGAAGGACGAAGUGGUGGGGAUUAGCCCUCGGGCAUCGCGGGUCACUCUUCGCAAGGAGUGA